CUCCUUCUAGUGCUCGUCCUCAUCCUUCUUGGGGCGGCCGGCUGGGCCUGCCCGCUGAGCCGUCUGAUCACGCUGCCGCCUCCUCCUUGCUCCUGGUGCUGCCGCGGCCAUGGCUGGGGGCUCCGGCGCCCGGCAGCCUCGGGAUUCCAGCGAGCAGUCUCGGCGCGGGGCUGGGGAUGGCCCGGCGGAGCAGUCGGAGAGCUACCCGCAACGCCAGGACCACGAGCUACAGGCACUGGAGGCCAUCUACGGCGGCGACUUCCAGGACCUGCGGCGGCAGCGGCCGGGAAUGGUAAAAGAGCCCCCUGAAAUCAAUUUAGUUCUACAUCCUCAGGGAUUAACUGGUGAUGAAGAAAUCUAUGUCAAAGUGGAUUUGCGAGUUAAAUGCCCACCAACCUACCCAGACGUUGUCCCAGAAAUAGAACUAAGGAAUGCAAAAGGUUUGUCAAAUGAAAGUGUCAAUUCAUUAAAGGCCAAUCUGGAAAAAUUAGCCAAAGAACAUUGUGGAGAGGUGAUGAUAUUUGAACUGGCAGACCAUGUACAAUCAUUCCUUAGUGAACAUAACAAACCGCCUUCUAAGUCUUUUCAUGAAGAAAUGCUAAAAAAUCAGCAAAAGCUUCAGGAAAGACAGGCCCAAGAAGAGCAGCAACGACUGUUAGAAGCAAAGCAAAAAGAGGAGCAGGUGCAACGUGAAAUCCUUCAUGAAAUUCAGAGAAGGAAGGAAGAGAAAAGAGAAGAGAAGAAAAGGAAAGAAAUGGCAAAACAGGAAGAAAUUGCCAACUUAACAAACCAAGAUCAUAACUCCAGGAAAGACCUGACAGGAUUCAAACCAUCUGUCAAUAUAAAUGGAGGUGCCCUAGACCACACAGGCCAUGUUAAACAUCGGGCAAACUCCACAGGGAGGUCAAAGCGAGAACGUCAGUAUUCUAUAUGUAGUAGUGAAGAUUCUCCUGGCUCUUGUGAAAUCCUGUAUUUCAGUAUGGGUAAUCCUUAUCAGCUCACGGUGCACAAAGGGAAAUGUAUUGGAAAUGAUAUACAGCUUGGAAAACUAACCUAUAAUGCCUUGGAAACAGCCACUGGCAAUUUUGUUUUCUUAUAUGAGUGGAUCCUUCAGUGGCAGGAAAAAAUGGGCCAGUUCCUUACCAAUCAAGAAAGAGAGAAGAUUGAUAAAUGCAAAAAACAGAUUCAAGGGGCAGAAGCAGAAUUCAACUCUCUGGUGAAACUGAACCAUCCAAAUGUAGUGCGCUAUCUAGCUAUGAACCUCAGAGAAAAGGGUGAUUCUAUUGUUGUGGACAUUUUAGUGGAACACACGAGUGGUGUCUCUCUCUCGACAUAUCUGAGCAAAGCUGUCCCACUGCCUGCUGAUCAGCUCCGUAGUUAUGCAUCCCAACUUCUAUCUGGCCUUGAUUAUUUGCAUAGUAAUUCAGUGGUGCACAAAGUCCUGAAUGCUUCAAAUGUCUUGGUGGAUACUGAGGGCAACAUCAAGAUUACCGACUACAGUAUUUCUAAACGCUUGGCAGAUAUCUGCAAGGAGGAUGUUUUUGAGCAAACUCGAGUUCGUUUUAGUGAUGAUACUCUGCCUAACAAAACUGGGAAGAAAGGUGAUGUGUGGCGCCUGGGCCUCCUCUUGCUUUCUCUCAGUCAGGGUCAAGAAAGUAAAGAGUACCCUGUCACCAUUCCUAAUGACUUACCAGCUGACUUCCAAGAUUUUCUAAAGAAGUGUGUGUGUUUAGAUGACAAGGAAAGGUGGAGUCCUCAGCAGUUGUUGAAACACAAAUUCAUUAAACCUCCUCAGUUCAAAGUGCCUUUGAUAGAAGAGAGUCCUGAGGAUUCUGGAGGCCUAGAUUAUGCUGAGACUGUUAUUCCCAGAAACCAGCUACCCAGUGCAUCAUUCUUCACUGAAACACAAAGACAAUUUUCCCGAUAUUUCAAUGAGUUUGAAGAACUGCAUUUACUUGGUAAAGGAGCUUUUGGAGCUGUCAUCAAGGUACAGAAUAAGCUUGAUGGCUGUUGCUAUGCAGUGAAGCGGAUCCCUAUCAAUCCUGCCAGCAAGCAGUUUAGACGAAUUAAAGGGGAAGUGACAUUGCUUUCUCGCCUGAACCAUGAGAAUAUAGUGAGAUACUAUAAUGCCUGGAUAGAAAAACAUGAGAUGCCCUCUCCUGGAUUCCCACAGUCAGAUACAACUGAAGAGAGUCCAGCCCCUGACAAGGAGCAACAGAAUGGAAAAAAUGGACUUGAGUUGACAGAUGAUGUAGAAACCAAUGCUCCUCCCCCUAUCCUGACCAGUUCAGUGGAGUGGAGCACAUCCUCCAGUGCCAAGUUCACUGGAGCCAAUCAGGAGUCAAGUGAUGAUGAUGAAGAUGAUGAUGACCGGGAUGGAGUGUUCUCACAAUCAUUCUUGCCAGCCACAGAUUCUGAAAGUGAUAUCAUUUUUGACAAUGAAGAUGAAAACAGUAAGAGGCUCAGUCAGGAUGAAGAAUGCAAUGAAAAAAUUGAUCACCAGGAAAAUGAACAAUCCCUGACGACUCAGGCAAUCCAUUACCUAUACAUCCAGAUGGAAUACUGUGAAAAGAGUACUUUAAGGGACACCAUUGACCAGGGAUUGUAUCAAGACUCCAUCAGAUUGUGGAGACUCUUCAGAGAAAUUCUGGAUGGAUUAGCAUACAUCCAUGAAAAAGGAAUGAUUCACAGAGAUUUGAAGCCUGUCAAUAUUUUUUUGGAUUCUGAUGAUCAUGUCAAAAUUGGCGAUUUUGGCUUGGCCACAGACCAUCCAGCCUUUGCUGCUGAUACCAAACCAGAAGAUCGGGGAGCUGAUCAUUUGGUUAAAUCUUAUCCUUCAGAUAAUUUAACUGGAAUGGUGGGCACAGCAUUAUAUGUGAGCCCAGAAGUCCAAGGAAGCACUAAAUCCUCAUACAAUCAGAAAGUAGAUCUUUUCAGCCUGGGUAUCAUCUUCUUUGAAAUGUCCUACCAUCCAAUGGUUACUGCAUCAGAAAGGAUCUUUAUUCUCAGUCAGCUCAGAGAACCUACUUCUCCUAAGUUUCCAGAAGAUUUUGAUGAUGCAGAACAUACAAAGCAGAAGUCUGUCAUUUCCUGGCUAUUGAAUCAUGAUCCAGCAAAGCGACCUACUGCCACAGAGCUACUGAAGAGUGAGCUGCUCCCCCCACCCCAGCUGGAGGAGUCCGAGCUGCAUGAGGUGCUGCACCACACCCUGGCCAACGUUGAUGGCAAAGCCUACCGGACCAUGAUGGGCCAGAUCUUCUCCCAGCGCAUCUCCCCUGCCAUUGACUACACGUAUGACAGCGACAUACUGAAGGGCAGCUUCUCUAUCCGUAUAGCCAAGAUACAGCAGCACGUGUGUGAGACCAUUACCCGCAUCUUUAAGAGACAUGGAGCUGUCGAGUUGUAUACCCCACUGCUACUUCCCCGAAAUAGGCAAAUAUAUGAGCAUAAUGAAGCAGCCUUAUUCAUGGACCACAGCGGAAUGCUGGUGAUGCUUCCCUACGAUCUCAGGAUUCCUUUUGCAAGAUACGUGGCUAGAAAUAAUAUCUCAAAUUUGAAAAGAUACUGUAUAGAACGUGUAUUCAGACCACGCAAGUUAGAUCGAUGUCAUCCCAAAGAACUUCUGGAAUGUGCUUUUGAUAUCAUCACUUCUACUAGCAAUAGCUUUCUGCCUGUUGCUGAAAUAAUCUACACCAUACAUGAGAUCAUCCAAGAGUUUCCAGUGCUUCAGGAAAGAAAUUACAAUAUUUAUUUGAACCACACUGCCAUAUUGAAAGCAAUACUCUUAUAUUGUGGGAUUCCAGAAGAUAAGCUCAAUCAAGUUUAUAUAAUUCUGUAUGAUGCUGUGACUGAAAAACUGACUAGGAGAGAAGUAGAAGCUAAAUUUUGCAAUCUUUCUUUGUCUUCUAACAGCCUGUGUCGACUCUACAGAUUUAUUGAACAGAAGGGAGAUUUACAAGACCUAGCUACAACAACAAACACAAUAAUAAAACAGAAAACAGGUGUUGCCCAGCUGGUAAAACAUGGCAUGAAGGAUCUGGAGGAAGUUGUUGGACUUUUAAAGAAACUUGGCAUAAAGUUGCAGGUCUCGGUCAAUUUGGGCCUCGUUUAUAAAGUACAACAGCACAAUGGGGUAAUCUUCCAGUUUGUUGCAUUCAUCAAACGAAGGCAAAAAAUUGUGCCUGAAAUCCUUGCAGCUGGUGGCAGGUACGACCACUUGAUCCCCCAAUUUAGAGGACCUCAAGCACUGGGACCAGUUCCUUCUGCUAUUGGAGUCAGUAUAGCUAUAGAUAAAAUAUCUGCAGCUGUUUUCAAUAUGGAAGAACCAGUUACAAUAAGCUCUUGUGACUUACUAGUUGUAAGUGUAGGUCAGAUGUCCAUGUCGAGGGCCAUCAAUAUCAUCCAGAAACUCUGGACGGCAGGAAUUGCAGCAGAAAUCAUGUACGACUGGUCCCAGUCUCAAGAGGAAUUGCAGGAAUAUUGUAAACAUCAUGAAAUCACUUAUGUGGCUCUUGUUUCCGACAAGGAAGGAAACCAUGUAAAGGUCAAAUCCUUUGAGAAGGAAAGGCAGACAGAGAAACGAGUACUAGAAUCUGACCUUGUGGAACACAUGGCACAAAAACUAAGGACCAAAGUCUGUGAUGAAAAGAAUACCAGAGAAGCUUCCGAUAAUCUUGCAGGGCAAAAUCUGAAGGGGUCGUUUUCUAAUGCUUCAGGUUUAUUUGAAAUACACGGAGCAACAGUUGUUCCUAAUGUGAGUGUUAUAGCCCCAGAGAAGCUAUCGGCUAGCACCAGGCGGCGGUAUGAAACUCAGGUGCUAACAAGACUCCAGACUGCCCUUGCCAACCUCCACCACAAAAACAGUGAAAUUGAAAUUUUAGCUGUAGACCUGCCAAAAGAAACAAUUUUACAGUUUUUAUCACUUGAGUGGGACAGUGAUGAACAGGCCUUUAAUACAACUGUGAAGCAGCUACUGUCACGCCUGCCAAAGCAGAGAUACCUCAAAUUAGUCUGUGAUGAAAUUUACAACAUCAAAAUUGAAAAAAAAGUGUCAAUGCUAUUCCUGUAUAGUUACAGAGAUGACUACUACAGAAUCUUGUUUUGAGUAUGAAGAAUUCAUUGCACAGGACAUGUGAAUUGUACAUAGCAGUAUUCAACCCAGAUGGAAGUUUAUGCUGUAAUAUAGAAUGCUGUACAGUCGUAAUUUCUGAUCAAUCUUAAACUGAAUAUUUUAAAGUGUAUAUAUCGGAAGACUACCAAACUUUUUGGAUUUAAUAAAUGUUUUUCAUAAAUCUGCCUGCUAUGCUU